GAACCGGAUUAAUGUCCGGUUCUAAUUUAACCGGUUAAACCUGCUGGUCCGAUUUGCUUUUUAAAUCCAUGGUUGAAGGAUAACUCAUAACUAUGAUGAAAAACAUAUUGCACGUAUUUUUUCUUUUUCUUUCAUCUCUAUUUUUUCCUUUUCUAAAUGGAUAAGAAGGACUGACUAACAUAUUGCAUUAUUGCUUAUCCUUUUCCAUGUGUUUCUUUUUCUUUCAUCUCUAGUUUUAUCAUAGUUUGACUAACAUAUUGCAUGUCCUUUUCCAUUUUUUUUUUAAUCUCUAUUUUUAUUUUUCUAAAUAGAUAAGAUUAUGUAGUGCUCCCCUAUAAAAAAAGCGGCAGAUUCUACCUAGUACUACACACACAAAAAACCCCAAAAUCAAUUAUGGCCAUUCAAAGCUAUCUAGUAUUAGGCCUCCUAGUUCUUCUUGGCUUAUUGACUAAUGUUAUUGCUGUCCGUUACCCUGCUUCACUCAACCGGACCAGCUUUCCUGAGGGUUUUAUUUUUGGGACAGCAGCCGCAGCUUAUCAGUAUGAAGGUGCAGCAAAAGAAGAUGGUAAAGGACCAAGUAUAUGGGACACUUACACUCAUGAACAUCCAGAUUGGAUAAAGGAUGGAAACAAUGCAGAUGUAGCUGUCGAUCAAUAUCAUCUCUACAAGAAAGAUAUUCGGAUUAUGAAUAAGAUGAAUUUAGAUGCAUACAGAUUCUCAAUCUCAUGGUCUCGAGUACUACCAAAAGGAAAACUAAGUGGCAGUGUGAAUCGGAAAGGAAUCGAGUAUUACAACAAGCUCAUCAAUAGGCUUCUUAGUAGAGGUAUAAAGCCCUUUGUAACAAUCUACCAUUGGGAUCUUCCCCAAGCCUUAGAUGAUGAGUAUGGUGGUUUCCUAAGUCCAAAAAUUGUUGAUGAUUUCCGGGACUAUGCGGAACUUCUCUUCAAGGAAUUUGGUGAUCGGGUAAAGCAUUGGAUCACUCUAAAUGAGCCGUGGAGCUUUAGCAGUGGUGGUUAUGCAGAAAAAUCGUUAGCGCCAGGUCGAUGCUCUACUUGGCAAAAUCUAAAUUGCACUGGUGGGGAUUCAGGGAUAGAGCCAUAUUUGGUGACACACCACGAGCUGCUUUCUCAUGCAGCCGCUGUUGAAGUGUACAAGAAAAAAUAUCAGGCAACACAGAAAGGAGUGAUAGGGAUAACGCUAAUAAGUCACUGGUUUGUGCCGUUCUCUAAUGCAGAGACAGACCAGAGGGCUGCGCAACGUGGCCUUGAUUUCAUGUUAGGAUGGUUUAUGGACCCAUUGACAAAUGGUGACUAUCCACAGAGCAUGAGAUCUCUCGUCAAAGAUAGAUUACCCAAGUUCACCAAAGAGCAAUCCAAACAGUUAAACGGGUCAUAUGAUUUUAUAGGAUUAAACUACUAUACUGCUAAGUAUGCAGCUUAUGCCCCUCAACCAAAUGGUGAUAGAGCAAGUUACUUGACAGAUGCUAGUGCUAAUCUUACUACUUCACGGAAUGGGAUCCUCAUUGGUCCACCGGCUGCUUCAAAUUGGCUUUAUGUUUAUCCUAGAGGAUUUCGAGAUCUUUUGCUCUACAUACAGAAGAAAUACCACAAUCCACUAAUUUACAUCACAGAGAAUGGAUAUGAUGAGUUCAAUAAUGCCACCUUGUCGCUCAAGGAAGCCCUUGUUGAUUCCAUACGAAUUGACUAUCACGAUAAACAUUUUGUGUAUCUUCAUAGGGCUAUCAAGGAAGGCGUUAAUGUUAAGGGAUACUUUGCAUGGUCAUUGUUGGACAACUUUGAGUGGUCCUCAGGUUUCAGUGUUCGAUUCGGGCUCAACUUUGUAGACUACAAAAAUGGGAAUAAAAGAUACCCUAAACAUUCCGCCCGUUGGUUCAAGAAUUUCCUUAAGAAGUAGACACGAACUAUGCUCAAAUUAUGAACUAUCUAUUAGCAUUGGAUAGUCUCCAAACAAUAAAGAAAAGAUAAUUUCUUCUCCAUUUUUAUGCUUUUUAAAUUAUGUAUAACUUGUAUGGAGUACAAGACUCUAAUGCAGUAAUGCUUGUUAAAUAAUAUAUUAUUUUAUGA